AAUAUUUUAAGAGACUGUUUGCUUCGCCCUUCCUUGUUCUGUCACUGCAAAGUUGAAUAUGUCGGCAUGGAAAGAGAAACUAAGGAGAGUUGUUACAGUGGAGCCGGUGAUUUUCCUCUACAUGACCAGCACUUUCAUCGUAACACCUGCAUAUCAACAGAUGAUUAUCACAAAGGUGUGUCAAGAUUUGCUCAAGAAUGAUACUAUCUGCAGUAACCCUGAGCACCACAAAGGGGACGAGGAGGUUCAGACGACAGCCUCCUACAUCCUGCUUUUGUUCAACGCCACCCUCAGCCUGGUCUCCAUCCCUCCCGCCAUAAUGCUGGGCUCCUGGUCUGACCGCGCUGGCCGUCGCAGGGUCAUGGCGCUCCCUUCUGUGUUGUCCCUGUUGAGUGGGGGGUUGCUCUUGGCUGUAGACUUGUUGGAAAACAUCAGCGUUUACUGGACCCUGAUCGCUGCUGCCCUAACAGGCCUGACAGGUGGCCAUGUCUCCAUUUUCCUCAGCUCAUUCAGCUACCUGGCCGACCUGACCAUGGGCUCCAGCUCCAAUCGCACUUUACGUAUGGCAGUGGCCGAGUCCAUGAUAUUCGUUGGAGGCACAGUGGGCUUCCUACUGGGUGGAUUCUUGGAGCAAGAAUUCGGACUCCAGGCAGCGUUCGGGGCCUACAUUGGCUGCCAUGUCCUGGCGGUGCUUUAUAUUGUGCUUUGGCUGAGAGACCCUACGAUGGUAGAAAAUACAUGUAUAGCUCCCUAUAAAGAGGAUACAGUUGAGCAAGGUUCUCAAGCAGAUGAGUCCCGUCUGUUUAUCCUAAAGUAUGCCAAACUGUCUUUCAAAGCAGUGUUCAAGAGGAGGUCAGGGCAGGACAGACUGAAAUUGCACUUUCUCGUUCUCUGCACCUUCAUAAAUAACCUGGUGGCUGUUGGGGAUCAGUCGAUCUUGCUGUUGUAUUUGAUGUAUGAGCCUAGAGAGUUCACAACUGCCCUGUUUGGGGUAUUUAACUCUGUGAGGAUGCUCUUGAUGGGCUUUGGUCUGCUGGGUCUAUUUCCUGUGCUGAUGAGGUGUAUGAAGGAGAUGCCAUUAGCAAAACUCAGCGUUUUGUCCAGAAUCGCCUCUUACGUCCUACUGGCCCUCGCAAGCAACACAUGGAUGGUCUUCCUCGUUGCUGUAGUCGGCGCUCCAUCUGGUAUCAGCCAAGCAGUGAUUCGUUCUUUGUCUUCUGCCAUCGUAGGAGCUGAUGAACAAGGUGCCAUGUUCUCCUUCGCGGCCUCAGUGGAAGCGGCCUGCAUCCUUAUUGCUGCAACGAUCUUUAACGGGCUGUACCCCCUGACCCUGCCUACCUUCCCCGGGAUGCCCUUCAUCAUCAUGGCCGUCUUCAUGCUCAUCGUGCUCAUUCUCUUGCAGUGGAUUAGUGAGAUGCCCGCCACUCAUCCUCGCCUUGUGCUUUCAGACUGAAUCUCCUCCUUCUGGGUUAUUCUUUCA